CUACCACAACCCAGCACGACCCAGCACAGGCUAGCUAGCACUGGCAUAACCUGACGAGACAUCGGUUUCCUCUUAUCGAGACAUGUCAUCGUCUCAGCACCAAAAUGUCAGGUCAGGUCAGGUCAGGUCAGGUCAGGUCAGGUCAGGUUGACUUGGAGAUGCAGACGAUGCCUUCGUCGCCCGACGCAUCUUGGACGGAACCCAACCAGACAGAUGGGAACGACAGUCUGCCCGACGGGGCCGACAACCUACGGGACGUUGAACAAGGAAAUGAGACCCAAUCAGGGUCCAUCCGCCAGCAGGCCGACGACGACAACCCGUGGCGUUUGGACUGCAAUGCUAAUCACCACGGAACCCCCCCCCACCUGGACGGGGUUGCGCCAAGUCCCUUGCUUGUCGAUCCCUCUAUCUUCGCUCUCCCAUCCAGGGACGAGUUGAUCGGGGCGCCUUGGAGGGUCGCCAACACUCCUCUGAUGCCCUGGCUCACCCUCGCCGUGGCAUGCAACAACCCGUGCCUGCCGUACUUGGCGCUGGCAGAGAACCAUCCGCUGGCCUUGUCUUAGUGGGACUGGUUGGCUGCACUGUCUGGCAUUGGGUACUGUGUUUUAUUCAUGUACAUUUCGGUCGUUUGGAGCAGAUUCAUCACACGGAUCGAGGCGAGCCAGAAUUGAUGUAUCUAGUGCUUCGAGCCGCCUGGAGGAACGAGAAGUCGUGUUUUGUAAUCCUGGUCUGUCGUGGGAAAUCAAUUACUACCUAGGUACACCUCGACCGGGGUUCUAAUUAAAUGUCAGCGUGAUGAAUUGACCCUGAAAA